AUGAAAUCUUAAAUUCUCCCUGAAUCUAUUCACAGACAGUAUUUUGCCAAUCACGUGAACUCCCUCAAGUCCAUAAAGGCAAGAAAAAAUAAGGUUGAAGAAGAGUCUUUGGGUGUGAUUCGAUAAGUUUCGAUGAUAAAGAAGAUAAAGCAUCAAGUGCAGGCUUUUGAGUCAAUUGAGGAGAACAAAAGCAUAGCCUAUAGUAACCAAAAGAUACGUUAGGCUAUUAUGAAAAUUACCAAUCAAAAGCGGGCAUUUCCAAAAUUACCCCAUUUGCGCAAAGAAAAAACAGAAGUUUCAGAGUAAAUUGAGAGGGAGAAUAAGAGAUUGAAAAAAAGCAUUGAAAAUCUUUAGAACAGUCUCACAUAUAGAACCAAUCAUUAAACCAUUAAGAAAUCCUAUUAACAAGUACUGAACUAUAAUAAAAUGAAUAAUUAUAAUAAUGAUUCCGAAAUUGUUAAUUCUUCUAUAGGACCUUUGGCUGUGAGAAGAAGUACACUCAAUUUCACUUUUACGAGAGAAUAUGAUUUGUCUUCUGAUUCCUUUGAUAAAGCAAUAGAGAUCUUACAAAAGAAUCUCCAAUUGAAUGAAUAAGCAGCGAGGAUCUACAUGUAGGACAUUCUCAGAGAAUUCAGGUAACCUCGUAUUCUUAUUUUGCUCAGUUAUUUCAAGGCCCUCGAAUCGCAAGAAGAAUAUUUUGAUUACAUCGAGUAGACUAUUACUAGCAUGGAAUAUAAAUAGAUCAAGAGAGGCAAUAUAGUAUUUCAUUGUGGAGAAAGAGGAGAUUACUUUUAUCUAAUCCUCAGAGGAACUGUGGUCGUGUAUGUUCCAAAGAAAGAGGGCGAACUUGCAUCAUAGAAGGCAAUCUUAAUGAAAAUAAAUCAAUGCAAGGAGGAUUUGGCCAUCGCAAAAAAGAAGGAAGAAUAGAAACAGUUGUAAAAGUAAUUGCAAGAUCUACAAACUUAAUUGUAAGAAUAUUAAAAUCCGGAAGACAUUUUACUAUUCCCUUUUAAGAGUAGAUAUUAUUAGAAGUUACAAAGUGGUUAGAUGAUAUGUCUAUACAAGAAAGUAAAUAUAAUGAGAGAGGGAGAAUGUUUUGGAGAGGUUUCCCUUUUUCGAAAUGAACCUAGAGCAGCUACUCUCAUUGCCUCAGACACAUUGCAUCUGGGUGCUCUUAAUAAAUCUAAUUAUUUGAGAAUAUUUGAGGUUAAAUUGGAGAAAUUAAAUUUUACACUUGGGAUGCUGAGUAAGCUAUUUCCUUAAUCAUCCAAAGAGAAUGUAAUUUAAAUAAGCUUUGAUUUUCAGAAGAAAAUAUACACAAUAAAUUAAGUAAUCUUUAAGUAAGGUGAUGUAGUGGAUGGGUUAUACUUGAUAUUUUCAGGAAUUGUUGAAAUUAUUUCAGAUAAUGUUAGAGUGAAUCAAUUUUGUGAAGGAUAGUUUGUUGGAUUAUUCGAUUUGAAAAAACCAGAGUCAAGAACAUACACUGCUAUUUCUGGUUCAUAUGAAACUAUUAUCUACUUUCUACCAAAAAAGAAUUGUACAGCAUUAGAUAAGUUUAUGAGAGAGAGAAUGAAUGAUUUAAGAAUUAGCAGUGAAACCUAUCGUUAAGAAUGGGUAAAGAAGUGUCAUAACAUGAUUGCCAUGUAGAAGAAAGAAUCAAAUAAAGCUGUAUUAAAAGGUGUAAAUACCAAAGACAUUCUUCAACAAUGCAUACUACCUCAUAGAAUCAAGACUUAUUCUAAUACUAUCUCCAGAGAUCGAAUUAAUGAAAUUGUCGAGUAUAAUAAUGUGCAAUCUUCACUAAAGGAGAAGUUGCAUAAUGUUAAACUCUGUUUGCAGAUGAGAGAUUUUGAUAAAGAAAAGGAACUGGUUGAAAAGAUGAUGAAACAAUAACAUACAUUGCUUCCUCGUUUAAGAGAAAGACCCAGAAAUUUAGUCGAAACUUAUACGGUUUUGAUGUCCAAAGUUUCAAAAGCAUCCCCUUAGGCAAUGUUUGAAUCAUAAAAUUAAAGCGAGCAUUUAACUAGAAAUAUUCAUGUAGAUAGAAUGAAGUGCUCCUUGUAAAAGAAAAAAAGUGAACAGAUUGUGAAUUAAAUUAUUGGAAUUUGA